GGCUAUAUGUCUUCCUCACCACUCAUCGAACGGGGGUUCAGCAAACUGUGAAGCGAUAAAACCAUCAGCUGAGCUCCUGCGCGGAUCGUUGUUAUUGUCCCCGUCAAUGGAGUUGAAGCGGCGGCAGCACUACUUGGUGGCAACCUUCCCCUUCCAGGGCCACAUCAAUCCCGCCCUCCACCUCGCCAAGCACCUUGCCAGCGUCGCCCCCGACGCCCACGUCACGUUCUCCACCUCGCUCUCCGCCCACCGCCGCAUGUUCCCCUCCUCCCCUGACUCACACUCCGACGAUCUCCUCACCUACGCCCCUUACUCCGACGGCUUCGACGACGGCGACACCGGCGGCGUCCUAGGAUUCAACCGCUACAUGGUCGAGUUCAAGGCCUCCGGCUCCCGCACCUUCUCCCGACUCAUUGCCGACCUUGCCGCCGACGGACGCCCUGUUUCCUGCAUCCUCUACACCAUGCUCCUCCCAUGGGCCGCCGAUGUAGCCCGGGACCACGGCAUACCCUCCUUCCACUACUGGAUCCAGCCGGCCGCCAUCUUUGCCAUCUACUAUCACUACUUCCACGGCUACGGCGCCCUUGUCGACGCCCACCGCGAGGACCCUAGCUUUGUUGUCACCCUCCCGGGCCUUCCUCCGCUUCAGAUCCGCGACCUCCCCUCGUUCCUCACCGCGCCAGCUGACCACCCGCUUAAAUCCGUCCUCAGGACGCUGCGCGAGGGUUUCGCGGUGCUGGACUGGGAGAGGAACGCGCCGUCUUUGUUACGGCCGAGGAUCCUCGUCAACACGUUCGACGAGCUGGAGCCUAGGGCUAUCGCGGCGGUGCCGGAGGUCGAGAUUCUCACCAUCGGACCGCUCAUCCCCUCGUGGUCGUCUUCCGGCGGCGACAUGUUCAAGGCGGACGAUAAGGGGUACGGAGAGUGGCUGGACGCGAAGCCGGAGCGGUCGGUGGUGUACGUGUCCUUCGGGAGUUUGCAUCGCUGCUCUGCGCUGGAGCUAGAGAAGCUGGCGGCGGGUCUGGAGGCUACUGGGCGGCCGUACCUGUGGGUAGUGCGGAAGGACGACCGGGAGGCUGCGGGGUUGGAGCUGGAGGGGCCGCGGGGAAUGGUGGUGGAGUGGUGCGCGCAGGUGCGGGUGCUGUCGCACGCGGCGGUGGGGUGCUUCGUGACGCACUGCGGGUGGAACUCGACGCUGGAGAGCUUGGCUUGCGGAGUGCCGACCGUGGGCGUGCCGCGGCUGUCGGACCAGUUGCCGAACGCGAAGAUGGCGAAAGAUGAAUGGGGGACAGGGGUCACGGCGGAGAUCGGAGCCGACGGGGUGGUAUCGGCCGAGGAGCUUAGGCGAUCGGUGGAGGCGGUGAUGGGGGAAGAGAGCGGCGAGGGGAUGCGAAAGCGAGCGCGGGAGUGGAAGGAGAGAGCUAGGGUGGCAGUGAGCGAAGGAGGGUCGUCCGAUCGAAAUCUGAGGGCGUUUCUUGGUAUCUAACUCUAAGAGAUGACGUUGAUGUUGAUGCUAAUAAAAUUAUUGUUAUUUUGAUAAAAAAAACAAUAAUAAUAAUUAAUAUUAUUGUUAUUAGUUGUAAUUCUAAAUAUCAUAUAUUUAUUGAGUAAUUUAUCAAUCAAAGAUAUU